AUCCAGGAAAAUUUCAUCAGAGAGGCCUGAUAAGAUCUCAGUUUUGAAUCCAGGUUGGGCAAAUACACCCGUAGCAAAUGUGAACGAGAUGGAGAGCCACUGUUUUUCUGUGCAGACGCGAGUCACAUUUGGGGGCAAAAGUUGGUCUACUUGAAAGGACCAACCCAGUAAGGUGUUAAUGGGUGGUGGGUUUUGUUUGAAGACACCGUGGCCACUGUCCAGGACACGUGCGCUGAAGGGGCGGCCAUGUUGAAACUCUGCACAACACCUCCACAUCCAAAAGUCACAGAAAGACACAAGCUUUCUCUGCGUAUCGGUGCAUUUACUGACAAGAGGCGGGGUGUCACUUGGAGCUGGUGUACUUGGUGACGGCCUUGGUGCCCUCGGACACGGCGUGCUUGGCCAGCUCUCCCGGGAGCAGCAGCCGGACGGCGGUCUGCACCUCCCUGCUGGAGAUGGUGGAGCGCUUGUUGUACUGCGCCAGGCGCGAGGCCUCUGUGGCGAUCCUCUCAAACAGGUCGUUGACGAAGGAGUUCAUGAUGCUCAUGGCUUUGCUGGAGAUGCCGGUGUCGGGGUGAACCUGGGGUCAGACACAGAGUUUCACUGCAGCCCAGGGCCACGUGCUGUGGCGGGAAGCGGCCUCACCUGCUUGAGCACCUUGUAGAUGUACAUGGCGUAGGUCUCCUUCCUCUUGACUUUCCGCUUGGCUUUCCUGUCGGCCGAGCCUUUCCCUUUCUUCUUGGAAAUAUCGCUGGUCAUCCUCGCUGCCACGUGCACGGAGCGCCGCUCCUGACGCGCGUCAGCUGUUUUCAACUGGACUCAAUCAAACGCUAAUCAACUUCUGCUGCCGCGCGCGCCACCUCUGACGGCUGCACUUCCGCCGUGAAGAUCCGGGCACAGACGGCGGGAGUGAGACGGAGAACUGAAAGAAAUCCAUAAAAACAACCGCUGUUCUGCGUGUAGCCGGUGUGCGUCCACUAGAUGGCGCCAACAAAGAGGUCAGCUGUUGAGGCUGCGUUUUGGCUUCGGUGUGACGUGCCUCCAGAGCCGGGCAACAGGUGACGCUUCACAGGUGACACUUCACAGGUGACGCUUCACAGGUGACGCUUCACAGGUGACGCUUCACAGGUGGCACUUCACAAGAGCCACGCAACAGAAAAGACAUAAACAAGGCAAACACGAGGGAAUCGGGGGGAGGAGGGACAAUGGCCAAGUAUAUGAUGUGUGUUGAAAGUAUCCAGGCGUUUACAGAGAUCUAAAAGAGUAUUUUGCAAGUGCAACACUAAAGUGCAGAGGCACCCGCGACAUCGUCCUUUUUAAUAGUAAAUAUUCCGUGUUGUGUCCUAGGCAGGAACACAAAGGCUCCAGCAGGGGGCGACCGUGCGUUAAACGGGCUACUGAAUAACCAGGAAAGAAGAAGAAGAAGAAGAAGAAGCGAUUCCUGUUUUGUUUUUCUUUCGCUUGGUUCCAGGUUCUGGUGACAAUGGCUCUCUCGCUGGGACGGGGGUCUCUGGAAGCAGACUCUCAGCUCCAGCCGCGGUGGGUCUUCUGAAGCCCUCCCCUCCACCCCGCCGCUGCCAUGGCGCUCAGCUCGGGCGCCUGGGCUCCUCCGGUCCCGCUCAGUGCCGCGUCCCAGCUGGCCGCCUGCGGCGACCCAGGAGCCGCAGCCUGCUGCAGCACGGUUCUCAUGUCGGUUCGCGUGUCGGUGUGUCACUCCGGCAUCCGGCCCCUGUGUCUCCCCGGGGCGGGCAGCGAGGCUCUGCGGCUGCAGCUCAGCAUGGACCCCAGCCGGGCCGGAGAGUUCCGGCUCGCCCUGAGAGACACCAGUGGAAACCGCAGUGUGUUCAUCGCAGAGUUCGAUCUGCGCUCGGUGCACUACGAAGUCCAGUCUUCACGCUGCCAUGAGAUGCGACUCGCCGCGCCGCCUCACGACUGCAUCCGCUUCAACUUCCGCUGCGACCGCGAGGCUGAGGAGUGGGCCACUGUGGUGAUGUCAUCGCUGAGAGAAGCCCACCGAGUGGCCAACAUCCACAGCGGCGAGUCAGAGGUCGCUGUGGCCAACGCAGCUUCAGAUCAGUGGAGCUCCUCCUCCUCGUUGCCCGUCACUGAGGACCUGUGUCUGGAGCUGUCGAGGGCCAUCCAGGCGGGCGACGCCGGGGCGGCCUCGGAGCACGCCGCCGCUCUGGCUCGGCAGAAGGCGGCGCUCGCCAUUCAGCCAGCUGAGAGGAGCUACGCGCAGGGCCAGAUCAGUCUGAGCGUGGUGGUGGAAGACGCGUCCUCCUCCUGCUCCGUCACGGUGCAAGUCUACCCCUACAUGACCGUCGCUGCUCUCAAGCAACAGGUGUUCGUGGAGUAUGGCUUUCACCCCCGAGUGCAGCGCUGGGUCAUAGGUCAGUGUUUGUGCACGGAGCCGCGGUCGCUGGCCUCGUACGGGGUGCAGAGGGACGGAGACACGGCGUACCUCUACCUGAUCUCCGCGCGGCAGGCUCGCCUCACGCGCCAGCUCUUCCAGCAGGACCUGGAGAGCGCGCUGCUGGCGCACCUGCCUCCGGGCAGCAGCCCUGCCUCUCAGGACUGGCGGGGCUACAGCACGCUGCCCUCCAGGCUGCCACACAGCAGCGCGGCCGAGCCUGCUCUCGGCCGCGCUGCUGCCGCCGCUGCAGGAGGCCAGAGGCCCGGGGACCUUUACCAGCUCCUCGACGUGGAGAACCUGCAGCUUCAGGACAAACCCGGCAGAGCCAGUCGCACCCAGGGCGCUCGGCAGAGCGAGUGGGCGUGUCCCUCCUGCACGUUCAUCAACAAGCCGUCACGUCCGGGCUGUGAGAUCUGUGCCACGGCCAGACCCGAGCCACGCCGCGGCUCUCAGCAGGACAAAGGCCGGAGGGAGGACAGAGAGGCGGGUCUGAGCUGACUGCCCCGCCCCGCCCCGCCCCGCCCCGCCCCGCACCCGUCAUGGAUGCCAGCUCCUGGAACCCCCUGAAGAGUGCCAUACAUGUCGCCCCACACAAGUGCACUGAGAUCCCUGACACAGACUGGAGCAUUUGAAGUAGCAUGACGGGCGGACGCAGGCGUUUGGAGCUCUUAACUUAUUUGACGUGCGUCACGCUGAUGGUCUGAUAUAUUUAUUUGCUGGGGAAAGUCUGACUGUGAAGGUUUUGUCCACCGUGUCUUAGUUCCAAGCCUCCAGAGACCCGUCUGGACUUGUGAAGUGCUUUUAUCCUGAUUUCGUAUGUGGGUGCAUCAUCUAAAAGACGAGCUCUUACAUGGUUGUACGUGUUACCCGUGGGUGUCUUUGACUCCUUCUGAGCUGUGACAGCAAAGGAAUGAUCCGUUUACCCUCAUGUCCAAUGAUGCAUUCAUUAAGCCAAUAAACUUGGAGAAACUGGG